AUGGCAGAUGAUAUUUACGUUGUUGAAAAAAUUCUUGAUAAAAAAAUAUUAGAAAAUGAUCAAAUCGUAUAUCUUUUAAAAUGGUUUGGUUAUAAUGAAGAUGAUGCAACAUGGGAACCAGAAGAGAAUAUUUUUUGUAAAGACUUAAUUGACCAAUAUGAAUGUAAUAGAAAAUUUGAACAUAUAGAAGAGAAUGUAAUUGAUGAAUGUAAACAAAUUCUCAAGGAAAUUUGUGAUGAAAUUGAAACAGUACUUCCAACAUAUCAAUCAAUGAAUGUGAGCAUUGAUGAACAAGAAGUCGUAUGUUUUCAACUAUCUACUGAUAUAUCUAUAACAACUACAACCACUGAUAGUUCUGAAAUUAUCGAUGAAAAUUUAAUUAGUGAUAUUUCAUUACCCAAUAAUCUUAAUAAUGAAGAAGAAAAUGGAGAAUCACAAUUAAUGAAUGACAGUCCUGAGUCAACAUUUGAUUCUAAUCAUUAUGGUAAACGUACAAAUACGACAUCAUUAAUACGAAAGAAAAAAAUUCGAUCAGAUUCAAAUGAUAAUCGAACAAAUAUUAUUGUUGAUAAUACUAAUGAUAUACAUACAAAUGAAAUAGAUAUAGAAAAUAGUACAAUAGAUUAUCUUGCACUUGAACCUGAACGUAUUGUAUCAAUAACACGAUCACGUACAUCAACACAAGAUCUUGAAUUUUUAUUAAAAUGUACACGUUAUCCAACGAAAUUAUUUUUUAUAUCAAAUGAAAAAGCAAAAGAACUUAUACCUAGUUUAUUAAUUGAUUUUUAUGAAAGACAUAUUAAUUGGUUUAUUGAUCGACCAUCAUCAAGAUUAACAGCACAAAGACGAAAAUCUUAG